UAUACGCAUGCGUGAGGGGACAUUUUGGCCUGAAGUUACACUGGAAUUACUGCGUGUUCAAUUUCAUAUUUAUAGCAGUAUAGACUACAGCUAUGGCGGUGGCUAAACAGGAACAAGUACUGCAACUUGAUCCCGCCACCGAACUGCGAUUUAAAGGUCCUUUCACAGAUGUGGUCACCUCAGACUUGAACCUACAGAAUCCAUCAGAUAGAAAAGUAUGUUUCAAAGUUAAGACGACGGCACCCAAAAGAUACUGCGUAAGGCCUAACAGUGGCAUCAUAGACCCAAAGUCAGAAGUUAAAGUGGCUGUUAUGUUACAACCAUUUGACUAUGAUCCAAGUGAGAAGAACAAGCACAAAUUUAUGGUCCAGACCAUGUUUGCACCAGAUGGACCAAUUGAGAGUCAAGAGAACCUGUGGAAGGAUAUCACUCCAGACCAACUGAUGGACUCCAAGCUGAAGUGUGUGUUUGAGAUGCCAGAAACUACAGAACAGGACAAAACAGACGGAUCUGCAGAAGCUAAUGUAAACAAUGUCUCUCCGAAGACAAUACCAGAGAAAGUAUCUGCUUCUAAGCCAGUGGAGGCAGACACAGAGCUUAGCAAGGCCAAGGAGGAGAUUAAAAAGCUGCUUAGAGAAAUUAGUGAAUUAAAAGAGGAAAAUCAUAAAUUAAAGGACGAAGGUGUACGACUGCGAAAAGUUGCAAUGUCUGACACAGUAUCCUCCACACCGCGCCCCUCCCCAGCAACGCCCUCUGGUGGUGACGACAACAUGCAGAUGUUACAAAAUAUUCCCCCCGUGGCGUACAUCAUACUAGCCGUAUUGAUUGGACUAAUAUUUGGAAAAUUCUUGCUCUAGAGACUCUCGAAUCUAGAGUAUGUAUGCGUUUUUUCCUCCAUGAAGAUAAAGGAAGAGAUGGUGCAUAUAGAAUGCAAAAGGUGACAGACGUUGACAGUUACAAUUCAUAGUGUACAAUAAUCAACUGUGUAUUCCACUGACUCUUUGCAGAGGAGGAAAUAUAUGCCAUUUGUAUUUUAUAAUGGAGAGAAGGCUCGGCCUCUGCUGCUCUUCACGUAUGGUGUAUUCUGUAAGAUUUUAUGAAUGGAUGUGCAUGGUGAUUAAUUGCUUUAAACGUGACGAUGAAACAAAUUAUUUGACAGUUCUUGAACUUUUGGUUGGUCAGGAUAUCUUAUGAUUAUCUAAUUGGGAUAUGGGGACUAUUUGGAUAAAACACACUGCCGGUUAAUCUGAUUAAUUACAAAAACAUUGUAUUUCUUAGGUUAUUGUGGGAAACAAGAUAAAACUUCUACUAUUUUAACUAAAGUCACAUAUAUGGUAAUCGUAUAGAUGUCAAAAAUGGAAUAAGUUGUAUUUAUUUAUUUAUUUAUAAUAUGUUGAUAAAGGCGCAGGAAACAGCAGAGGCCAAACUGUCAUAUUCUCUUCCUGAGGCCUAUUUCAUAAAAGAACUCGAGCUUUUUUUUUCCAGCUAAACUAAGACAGCUAUACUCUAAUAUCCAAUCAUAAAAUCUACUUUGCAGUAAGAGCAUUUCGUGCAAAAUUAGAACACGGUGGAUGUAUAUGACUUGCCUGAACAGGGCACUGCCAGCAUGCCAGUGUGAGUAGAAAUUGGUGACGAAAUCAUACUAGAAUUUGGUCUGAGGGCUUAGUUGUACGAUCCUAAAAUGUGGGUAUGCUGUCCUAUUGAUUCCAUGGUAGAUGCAACUUAUUUGGCUGUGAUUCUUUGUAGGUUAUACAAAAACCAAUCUCUGCUCGAUUUCUUUCAUGAAACCCACAGGCUUUCAGUGAAGGGGUUGGUCAUGGCAGAUCAAAGGUCAAAGCAUUACAUUAUCUGACCAAUCAGGGCCGAGAUGUCAUAUGAAUGCAAGAUAAUGGUAGAGUUGUUCCGAUUGGUUGGUUGAACUGCACUGUGUGAAAACAGGAUUGAGCCAAGUUGGCAGAAAUUAGCUCUUCUCAUUGCACUCACUAUAAACUCUCAAUGUUCUUUCAAACAUGCAUAGUACCAGUGUUUUUGUUGAAAAAAUAUAUGGCAGCAGCAUGUAUUCUAAUUUCAUUCAGUACACUGUAAAAUUUGUUUGCCAUUUUUUUAAAAGAUUAAAUGUGGAACUGUAGUUUGAUAGAGUUAGGCCAAAGGAAACUGGUAAAAAAAAAUUAGUGUUUGAAGUAUGCUCUGCAUACUUUUGAUGUUUUAAGUAUUUUAUUUAUUGAGAUAGGAUUCCUCUUGAAAGCACUUGUGACUAAGACGCCUUCCAUUCCACAGUAUUUUACGCUCUCCAUAAUAAAUUGUCAAUCUACAGUCAUUCAUUCAAAAUCUGACAGUGUAUAGAUCAAAGCAGUGGUUCUUCUUCACCCAACAACUUGUAUUUAAAUUGUUUAUCUUCAAUAUUUUUAUGUCUUAGACCAUUUGAAAGAUUUUUCUAUCAGGGAAUGAGGCUAUCCAGGCGAAUAGACAACUGAAUAUUGGUGGCAACCUAUUUCAAUAGAGCUUUGGUAAUGGACCUUAAGUUUGGGUAAUUUUUUUAAAAGACAAAAGAAAACACAAAUCAGUCUGAAACUCUCUUCUAACGAAAUUGGUGAAAGUGAGUAUUUUGGUAAAUGGUAUAACUUUUUGGGAAAUGUGUUGAUGGAGUAGAUAAUAGUGUGGAAUGGUUCAAGAGGCAUUUGAGUCAAAAUUGGCAUUGAGGGAAAGUUUUCACACUGUUUUAUGGAAACUUUAGUACAUGGAUGAAUAAAGGAUAAAUUGUAAAAAAAAAA